UUUGAAGAUCACUUUGUGCGAAGCGGACGCGAGUGAGAGAGAGCGAACAAUAAGAAGCAAGCGAACUGCGGAACCGAAGCGACUGUAUAUGAUUAAUUUGUGUACUUAAUACAUAAAUAAAUAUAAUUAAAUAAAGCAAGCUGUGCAAUCACAUCGCCCGCCAGCCAGCCCAUCCCAGUGUCACGAGGAGGAAGAGGGCCAAAGUACAGUUGCAGGAGCAAAACGCAUCCCACUUCGCAUUCCGAUUCCCAUUCGCAUCGAUUCCAAUAUCAAUGUCAAGUGGAUCAGGAAUCCGGGGUCAGAAGAGCGCUCGACGCUACGACUGAUUAACACUCCAUCUCCGGCUCGGCUCGGCUCUAAUGAGCGCAAAGCAAACGCAGAACGCAAAGCGCAAACAAAUAAAUAAGUAAACAACGAAAACGGCAAAUUAACAAAAGCAAAAUCGGUAUCAAGCAGCCAGCAGCAAAAUACGCGGAAUAUAGAAAAACACGUUUCCCACAAAAAAGCGCAUAAACAGCAACAAAUAACACAAAUUGUUGUGGCUCUGUCGCUGAACACAACACGACACACGCGUACGCAUUGUACGACAAAUAUAUCGGAGAAUAAUCACAGGGGGAGACACCAGCGAACGAACAGAUCUCAAGUCAGUCAGUGUUUUGGGGCCUAACCCUGAUUCUGGCUCUUACCAAAUAUGAGCAGAGGCUGCCUGUCGGACCAGUUGCUGUUGUAACGUAACCCGAGCAGCCGUGACCGAGACACCAAACCGCGUCAAGUGGAGAGACCAAGCCAAACCAGACCCACAUUCACCACACACACUCGCACACACACACACACACACGUCGUACGUCGUGCGGCCAUGGAACGCUCUCACAGUUGCAGCAAUUUCGAGGCCAGAGUAGGGCCGGGAGCGGUGUUGGCCAUAGAGGCCGAAGGGGCAGCGACAGUCAAGUGCAAGGAGCUGCCCCAGCCGAAGCCACACGCCGGCAGCAGCGACAACCUGCCGCUAAGCAUCUGUGCCAGCUCCGCGGAUCACUUUCCGCCCAACAAGCCGCUGCGCAAGCGCAAAAAGCUGCAGCGCCAGCAGUCGGCCGUCGAUGUGGACGACCUGGAGUGCGAUUGCGCCUAUGCCGGCGAUCUGGAGGAGAAUGCAGACCACGACCACGACAUCGAAAACGAACAGGAACAGACCAGCCUGGACGCCUUGCCACACUUGCCCAGCCACUUCUCGCAGCAGCAGAGCCCCGCCCACGUGCGCAUGGCCCUGCAGCGGCACAUCUCCAUCUCCUGCAGCAGCAGCAACAGCAACAGCAAUGCGAACACCAACGCCAGCACCCGGAGCGACACCUACUCCAGCCUCCGCUACACCCGUUCCAAUCUCAGCCGCAGCAGCCUCCUGCUGAGCCACCAGCAGAGCUCCUUCGAUGGCACGGAGCGCACGGAGAGCAGCGAGACCCUGGACAUGCUGCCCAUGGGCAGGGGUCGCUCCCAGGUACAUCCAUCGGGCAGAUGCAUGGGCCAGAUGCCGAUGAAUAUGCAGAUGCAGAUGCGGUCGGGACAGCCCUCGGCCCUGGCCAGUGCACUGCAUGCAACGGCCAAGCUGGCAGCGAGUGUAGAUGCAUAUACGGCAGAGGCGACGGCGGCGGCUGCAGCGACUGCGACAGCGGUUCCCUCUGGUCACCUACCGCUGACCGGACCUGGCGCCGACUACAGUAUGUGCGACUCGUGUCGCCCAUUGCGCUUCCACAGCCAGAACCCCGGCCAGAGCUGUCACGUCCACAGCAAUCUCGGCAGUCGACCCGUCCACUCGGGCCCGAGCAGCUACGUUGGAUCGUCGCGCUAUCUCUACCACAAUUUCAAUUCGAAUUCCCCACACGCGGGCUCGGGACGCUUCAGCGCGCAGAGAGACGCCUCGCUCCCACCUGCGGCAGCUGGGCCCCUGCCGUUACCGUGUUCACUGCCGUUGCCGUCAGGGCUAGCAGCUUCCAUAGCACCGCCACCAUUUCAGUAUCGCACCUUCCAACAGAAUCAGUCUUAUCGCUUUCAGCCGCGCCAGCACCGCACCGGCAGCAGCAGCAUGUCGCAGUCCGGCGAGGAUCUCCACUCGCCCACCUACCUCUCCUGGCGCAAGCUCCAGCUGAGUCGCGCCAAAUUGAAGGCCUCCAGCAAGACAUCGGCCCUCCUCUCCGGUUUCGCCAUGGUGGCCAUGGUGGAAGUGCAACUGGAUCACGACACCAAGGUGCCGCCCGGCAUGCUAGUGGCUUUCGCGAUCUGCACCACCAUGCUGGUGGCCGUGCAUAUGCUGGCCCUGAUGAUCAGCACCUGCAUCCUCCCGAACAUCGAGGUGGUGUGCAAUCUGCACAGCAUCUCCCUGGUGCACGAGUCGCCGCACGAGCGCCUGCACUGGUACAUUGAGACGGCGUGGGCAUUUUCCACGCUGCUGGGGCUGAUCCUGUUCCUGCUGGAGAUAGCCAUACUCUGUUGGGUCAAGUUCUAUGAUCUGAGCCCGCCGGCGGCCUGGUCGGCCUGCGUGGUGCUAAUACCCGUGAUGAUUAUCUUCCUGGCUUUUGCCAUACACUUCUAUCGGUCUCUGGUGACACACAAGUACGAGGUGACGGUCUCGGGCAUACGGGAGCUGGAGAUUCUCAAGGAGCAGAUGGAGCAGGAUCACCUCGAGCACCACAACAACCACAAUCGCAAUAAUGGCCUUCACUACGGAGCCGCCGGCGACAUCGUUUAGCAGUAUCAACCACGCGAGGAAGUCUCCACGGCGAUGCUCCGCUGAAAACUUAACGAAAACGAAAAAGAAAAGAAAAGACACUUUCGGCAGUGGGCCAGAGGCCCCGCCGUCAAUCCUCAGACUAAAUAAGUGAAUAAUUUUUUGUAAAUUUGUAGUUGAUGCAAAUUGUGAUACGCAGAAGGCAGUAGACUUAUAUUAUACGAGAACAGUAUGGGAAUGAGUAUAUAUUCGAAAGGAUUGUGCCACGAGCAAUGUAUCCUUCAGCUCAAGCCCUUCAGCACAUUGUAGCGUAGACCCGACCCUAAAGCAAUACUACUUUCAAGUUUCAACCACUGUGUUGACUAAAUAUUCCUCAAAAAUUAGCUCGUAUUUGUUGUAACUACUUAGCGCUACGCGAAUAAAAUGUAUUGUAUUUUUUAACGGUAUGGAAUGGCAUCGUUCGCGAUAGCAUACCCAUUAUCUCACCCAUAGCGCAGUCUUCCCGCCCCUCCACUCCACUCCACGCUACGUAGUGUGUAAGUGCCCAACUUAUUCGGACCAAAAACCCGAUCGUGUUAGCCCAUAUUUUAAUAUUGUUAGGCCAAUAUGUAAGCGCAAUGUUCGCUGUAAUUUAUACACGUACGAUUAAACGAUUUUUUUCUACAUCAACUUAA